CUUCUCUGAACUUCCUCUCAAAACCUCCUGGAAGUUAGGAAUGGCUAGCGCCUUGGAGACUCUGUGUGGACAAGCCUAUGGAGCCAAACAAUACCACCUGCUUGGAAUUCACAUGCAAAGAGCAGUGCUAACACUUUUGACCAUAAGCAUUCCCCUAUCAGUUAUUUGGUUUUGCACAAGCACCAUUCUCAUUUCACUGCACCAAGACCACGAGAUAUCUACCGGAGCGGGAACUUUCAACCGGUGGAUGAUCCCAAGUCUGUUUGCCUUCGGCCUGCUUCAAUGCCUCAACAGAUUCUUACAAACACAGAACAUUGUUUUCCCUAUGAUGAUAAGCUCUGGGGUCACAGCUCUUCUCCACACCAUUGUUUGCUGGCUUCUUGUCUAUAAAUUUGGCCUUGGGAUUAGAGGAGCGGCCUUGGCAAACAACAUAUCAUAUUGGUUCAAUGUGUUUUUGUUAGCAAUUUAUGUGAAAUUCUCUGGGGCUUGCAGGCAUAGUUGGGCAGGGUUUUCAAAAGAUGCCUUUCAUGAUUUUUUCAGCUUUAUGAGACUUGCCAUUCCUUCAGCAGUGAUGAUAUGCUUUGAAUACUGGUCAUUCGAAAUGAUUGUUCUCUUAUCUGGUCUUCUCAAAAACCCAAAGCUAGAGACAUCAGUGUUGUCAAUAAGUGUGAACACAAUGUGGAUGGUAUACAUGGUCUCUGUUGGACUUGGUGGAGCAAUAAGUUCAAGGGUGUCCAAUGAAUUGGGUGCUGGGCAGCCGCAACGAGCCCGAUUGGCUUUGGUUGUUGCCAUUGUGGUGGCUUUAUCAGAGGGUGUCUUUGUAGGAAUAGUGACAAUUUUGGCACGCCAUGUUUGGGGAAAGCUCUUCAGCAAUGAGAAAGAAGUUAUCAGAUAUGUUGCCAAAAUAAUGCCACUGCUUGCAUUAUCUGAUUUCUUGGAUGGAUUUCAAUGUGUACUUUCAGGUGCUGCUAGGGGAUGUGGAUGGCAAAAGCUCUGUGCAUUCAUAAACCUUGGCGCUUACUAUGUUGUAGCAAUUCCUUCUGCUGUGCUUCUUGCUUUCUUCUUCCAAAUUGGAGCCAUGGGACUUUGGAUUGGGAUAAUAUGUGGACUUUCUGUUCAAGUUAUAGCUCUCAUCACUCUAAUUGCAUGCACUAAUUGGGACAAUGAGGCAAUGAAAGCUGUACGUAGAGUACAAGAAGCUGGCAGAGGUAUUGGCAUCGAAACAGAGAGUUUACUUUCGGAAGAAUUCAAUGCCGACCAGCAUCCAGCACUGACAUAAAUGUUCCUCCUGAGAAAGAGCCAAGAAAUUGUUUACGAUGGAAGAAAUUGGUUCGUGUUAUAAAACAAAUGAAAAUAGCACAAAAAAUAAACUACAAAGCUAACAUGUAUGAGCUCGCAAGUAUGCGAAUCGUAGCAAGUAAUAAAGUGACAAUUUGUCAA